GCGGUGUUUGUUUCGUGUCGGGCUGUGUGUUGAAUCUCCGCUCCAUUGUGGCAUCGUCGAGCAGUAUUUUUAUCUUUUCCGCUUCUGUUUAGUGCUUUUCCGUUGUUUAUAGUAUAGUUAUUCGAUCGCAGUUUUUUAGUAUACGAGACAUUUUCGUUGUGUCGUGUCACAAUAAAUCUAGCGGAUAAUCGUGCACCGUGUUCGUUUUGUUAUAGAAAUUGUGUACUUAUACAACGUUAUUCGCCACUGGUGAUAGGCAUUUGUUUCCUCUCUAGAGCGGUACGUGGUUCAGGUGUUUGUAUUGUUUUGAAUUUAAAUUAAUUCUAGCCGUCCUCCUUAUGUGAUUUAUUUAAUUUAAAAUCGAACUUAUGCUCUACCACGCGUGUGAAUUUAUCAAAGGAAAAACCGUGCAGUAAAUGGCUGUGAAAUUAAUAACAACCCACUCACGUGAAGAAAAGUUGAAAAACAGUGCGGUACACCUUUAGGCCAAGCCAUUGCAUAAAGGGUUCAUCCCCAGCCAGAAGCAUUAGCCCAUUGGCCAUUACAGUAUCUCUGUGUGAGGAAGCCGUGCGCGUUUCCGUCCGAAGAAGAAGUUCAACACUCACACAAGUCUCUUCGACAGAAGUAAGUGGCAUUUUGCAGCAGUUGGAAGCUUUGCUAAACUUCAAGACAAGACCAUAAUCGUGUAAAACCGACGUGUCGGCAAGGUUUACCCAUCCGCAGACCUACACAAUCCGCCGCAUACAUACGGAGUGCUAACGAGACCCACUACUGCUGCAGUAAAUAAUAUCUACAACUACAAACGCACAUCAUCAGCUUUGCCAGCGACCGACCGAUCAGUGUGAUUGACUUGGAAGCAACCGACCGGGGUAAAAAGUUGAAAAUCAACUUUUUGUGCCUGCUGCUGGAGAGACCCGCAAGUUAGGCGCACCACAACUUACAGGAAAAAAGAGGGUGCAGAAAAGACCUGGCUCGGCCAUUUCUUAUUCGAAAUUCCUUUACGUACACCGUUAACGCAGACCAAGAUUCCUCUACCGGGAUGAUGGCUCCAUCCCCCUCCAAGAGCACCAAAACGCAACAUCCGUCGUUUAUCAUCACGGCAGACUCGGUGGACUCGAGUCCGGUACCGUCCAGUCCACCUAGCACAGAUGCACCAAAAUCACAAUGCUCAUCGCUGUCGGACGGGGAAUCGUUCGAGUGCUACGGAGAGAAUGACAUUUCGAUCUCGGAAAACGGAGGCGUCGAUCUGGAGCUUGCCCCAACACUUAAUUCCACUGCAAAUGGAGAACCCAACAAUAACAACACCAACUCCACGAAUGGCAUUACCAGACACACAUGGAGCCGCAUGAGCUUACGCGGUGCGCCUAAAAGCAACAAUAACGAUAAUCUGCCAAACAGACGCUGGGGCUCGAUGAGACACUCUGGGAAAAGACAGUUAGGAUCCAAUGCCUUAGCUAAUCACCUGUACAGAUCAUCGAGUUUCAACUCGUCCGGUCGGAGCUCAAACUGUGAUACAGCAGAAGACAUGUAUAGCGAUGUAAGUUUGGAGGACGUGCAAGAUUUAAAUCAUAAGCUAGAGAUACUUCAACGGCAGGUGACGAACCUGGCUGAUACGCAGAACAAUGUUGAGGAUCGCACCAGCCGAACCAAGGCGGAGUACGCCGUACUGCAGGCGCGGUAUCACAUGCUGGAGGAACAGCUGAGGGAGACGGAACUGCGAUCCGAGGAGCGACUGGCCGAGGAGCAGAAACGCCACCGAGAGCUGCUGGCUCGCGUCGAGCGGGAAGCGAAGCUACAGAAUGAAAAUUGCCAGAUCCGGAUACGGACCAUCGAAAUCGAGGCGAACCAGCUGCGGGAGGAAAUCUCCCGGUUGCGGUUACAAUGCGACAAGCAGGCUGCCGAUUUGCAUGCCACCGAGGACAAACUGGAGAAGACCCGCGAUAGUCUGAUGGUGGCCCAGCAGGAUUUGGCCGAAGCGAAAGCCAACGAGAAAAAACACAAAGCCGACAAACAGGCAGCCGAAGACUUAAUGGUCGAACUGGGCAAAGAAUGCGAACGUCUCCGUUCGGAACGUGGACCGGCGUUGCCUACCACCUCACCCGAAUCUCUUCGGUUGGAAGAAUUGCACCAGGAGUUGGACGAACUGCGGCAGAAGAACAAGCAAUUGGAGGAAGCCAACGAGGAGCUACAGGCAGUGGUACUGACGAAAGGCGUCGAGGAAGGUCGAAAUCUACUAAACGGAACAUCCAACAGUCUCGCACAGGAACUGGAAGCCAUGAGCCAGAAUCAGGAUCCCGUCGAUUCGUCCACACUAGCGUCAUUAACACAGCUCCAGGUCGCAUACCAGGACAAGGAGGAAGAAAACCGUCGAUUGAAGCACUACAUCGAAACCAUGCUGCUCCAGGUGGUUGAACACUAUCCCCAGCUGCUAGAGGUUAAAGCAGCAUGAAGAGCUGAUGUGUAACCCAGCCGCAGCUGUUGCGACGGAGCUCUACUUUUCCAUCCAUCCCGAGCCCGCCCGGGUAGGCCUCCUAGGAUAAUCAACUUGGAUCCUGUCCUCGAAGGAACAGUUUCGCACGUUUAUUUAAUUUAUGCGUAGGUUGUUUGCUAACGAACAAGUUCAGGAUAGGCAUCUUACGAGCAAUAUAUUUUAUACAUAUUUAGGACUGUAGGAACUAGACACAUUCUAGCUGGUAGGAUCCACUCGUGUUUAGCGUCUAGGCUAAUCAAAAUAUCUUUUUAUAUAUGUAUAUUUUUAUAUAUAAACCCUUAUUUGUGUUUACUCCUUUGGAACAAGUACCGUCAAGUUUUGUUGUACUGACUUUUCUACACAAUCAAGCAGUUUGUAGAGAUAUUGUGUUGGUUAGAAUUAGAUUUAAUCAAAAGAGAAAACAAUCAUUGAAAUCGACUUUUAUCAUUUUUAGCAGCAGUUUUAAAUUGCAGUUUGGAACUAAAGAUACACUGAAUUGUCAUGCCUUAUCAAUACAUAUAAAUUUUGACUGCUAUUUGGAAUGUCCGAUCAUUGAAAUGCUCAAUUUAAACCGAUUGCGCUGUACACGAAUGGUGAUAUGAACGCCUUUAAUAUCUAUAUUGUUCCACAAUUCCAAUUAAAAAGAGGAAACGACCUAUCCGAAUCCGAAUGUAGUAACAAAACGAUCGAUGGUGCUUUUAGUGGAUCGUAUCAAGUAACUUUUUUUCAUUUCCUACCUUGACGUUUUGCCCUGCACCAAAUUGCAGAAAAACUACUAAAAAUCCUCACGCUAAAGCUUUGUAAAUAUUUUUUCUGUAUAGGAACGAAAAUACUUUUUUAGAUAAGCGAACAAUUUGAGCACAUUAUCAUCAAUGAAAACCCAAGAGCGACUAGGUUAGCGAUAUUGUUUUGGAACAGAAAAUGCUUAAAUUCCUGUAGGUUUCGAAUUUACAAGUUUCUACUUAUAAUAGUUAAGUGUUGCAAAACAAAUUGAAAGAUUUAGUUUAAAUUGUCGGUUUACCAACUAACAAUACAACAACCAAGCAUAUGAUCAAUGUUAGGAAGUGCAAAACCACAUACACACAAAACACUGAAGCAUUAAUAUAUUAUAUACUUAUAAUAUUACCUUUUUGCGCGGUAAAGACUGCAGAAGAAAAGGAACAGCAAGAUCAAAACAGGAAUAAGAAUGAAACAAUUUUAAAUUGGAUGCCAAAAUAGCGUUCUACUAACUAAACUGUACUGUAUUAGUAACGAUAAAUAAGGAAAUAAAAAUAUACUAA